AGUGUAUGUGAGCUAUUGAACAGUAAACUAAAGCAGAGUCGCGCGGACACACCUCAAACCCCAAGAAGUGAACCGGAGAGGCGCUCGUGUGUCCCCCGAACCACUUUGUCAUUUUUAAAUAUUAAAAACAACUUGAGUUGGAGAGAGAAGUCGCGUCGGGGUCGACUUUGAGGUAGAUCCGUGUGACCCUGGUCUAUCGCUGUCACCAGGGAGGAGUGUCAUGGCGGAGCCCGACUAUCUUGAUGGAGACUGUGAUGAGCUCAUCAAACCCAAGAAGCUGAUCAACCCAGUCAAGACCUCCCGUAACCACCAGGACCUGCACCGAGAGCUGCUUAUGAACCAGAAGAGGGGUCUGGCUCCUCAGAACAAACCUGAGCUCCAGAAGGUUAUGGAGAAAAGGAAGAGGGAGCAAGUUCUCAAGGCUCAGAAGGAGGAGCAGGAGGCCCACAAGAAGAGGAGUGACCUGGAGAUAGAGCUCAUGAAAAGACAACAGAAACUAGAGCAGCUGGAACUAGAGCAGCAGAAAAAUGAGGAGGAACAGGAGAACACCCCCGAGUUUGUGAAGAUGAAGAGCAACCUGCGCAGGACCAAGCAGGAGACCGACGGGGAGGAACGAACCACCUAAAAACUAGCAGGGGUGUCUGGGUCUGGCUGAUUGUGCGCGUGUUUUGUGAGCACGGAGACGUCAGGAGUGUGUGUACAAAAGAGAGUGCGUGGUGGUGACCUGACCGUGGUCCAAGAUGAACUUCCUGGCUUUCCCAACCUAGCUGUUCCUUUCUGCAGUGAGGAGAGAGACUUUACACUAAAGACCCCCCUCUGUCUGCCUGCCACGGACCGCCAGUACUCACUUCUGCUCCUCACACCCAUUCAGCAGCGGCACACAGCACCCCCCACAGGAGGGACCUAACACAGACAUGUUACACGCCUUUCAACGAGGGCGAGCAAGCUUCCAAUGAGCUCUGAUGGAGAAACAACCAAACACACACACACAGGAGCUUUCAUCCCCUCAGUUUUCACUCCUCUCUCCACAGCAAGCCGUCAUUUCUCUUUACUGUUAUCAAUGUUGUUAUCGUUGUUGUUGUUGUUGUUGUUUGUUUUUGUUCUCAUCUUCAGAAUCAAAUAAGGAAAAGUGGACACUGGAUGGACUCUUGAAGCUGUGUAAUGUAAAAGCCAAACAAAUGUGCUUUUGUUAUUUAUGUUUGUAGCUUUUAGCCCAGGUAUAGGGGAGGACACUUUUAGUCGUUAUGUAUUUUAGUUUGUUUUACAGCAUAGUUUAUGAAGCCAGAACAAGACAAAGGGAGUGUAUGGUUGUGUGAAACACUCAAGUUUGCUUUAUUAUCUUUUUUUUUAUUUUCUUCUAAACAUGCCAUUUCCUCAGCUAAUGCAAUUUUGAGCAAUAGUAGAACUCCCAGGCAUGAGAGUGACAUUUUCUUUAUAUAUUCUGUUGUUUUGUAUGAAUAAAAGUGUUACAUAAUAAAUAAUUUAAGUUUUUGUUAGGAUGGUCAAUAAGAAUAAGCCUUGAGCCCCGUCUGAUCAGUCUUUUUGUGUGCUCUCAUAAAUCACCUGUCACCUGUCAUAAAAGAUACAAUUGAUCUGUAGUUCUUGGGAUUAUCUGCAUGGCUCCUGAAACAACUCUAGUACACAUCACUUCAGUAUUUUGUCUGUAGUUACAAUGGAGCCAUAGACAUGCAGACAGAUCAUUAAAAUCAGUAAAUCUGAAUUAAAGUGGCUAGUGUAUUUGAGAAACAGUGAAAACUCUGGAUGCUAAAGUGCACAUGUAGUGGUUAUUUAAAUAUCACACAAUAAUAUUAUGGGUCUAAAAUUGUGGUUUGUGGGUUUCCAAGAGUACAUCUAUUUUUCUCAUGGGAAGAAGCAGAUUUAUAACAACAUAACCCUGUGUUCUUCUCAAGAAUAUUAUUUUAAAUAAACAUAAUUUUAACAGGU